AUGUCCCGACUACCUAAGGACUCAUUGCCCGACGAUAAUCUUUUCUCAUAUUCCUCUGGGAGGUUCCUUUACAACGAAGAAUUGCGCCUUCGCGAGCGAUAUGUACAAUUUGAUGUCGCUGCACUCGAAUUUGCCAUCGCGAAACAUGUCGGCCGUGGAAACGUCCAAAGUAUUGUCAAAUUAAGUGAGGGUGGCUUCAAUCGAGUGCUUUUAGCCACUAUGGAAGAUGGCUUCAAGGCAAUCGUCAAAAUUCCAUACCGGAUAUCCGUCCCAAAGACAUAUGCGACCGCCAGUGAAGUCGCAACUCUUACGUUCCUUCGCUCAAAAGGGAUCCCGGUGCCUGAAGUCUAUGGUUGGUCUUCUACAACUGAAAAUGCAGUUGGUGUGGAGUACAUAAUCAUGGAACAUGCAUCAGGGGUGUGUGCGGAUACUCACUGGUUCGACACGACAAAAUACCAGAAAAAAGCAUUGGUAACACAGAUUGUCGAUAUUGAGAAACAGAUUUUCAAAAUACCUUUCGCUUCUUUUGGAAGUCUCUAUUUCAAGAGCGAUCUUCCUCGUGAAUCCCAAGGUCGACUAUAUCAGCCUGGCACACCGGAUGAGGACCGAGAUUCCGAAACCUACUGCGUUGGCCCCAUUGCUGACUACAUGUUUUGGUAUGGACAACGUGCCAAGCUUGAGCUGGAUAGGGGUCCAUGGAGCGACCCAAGGCAAUAUCUUCUUGCAAUUGCCAGCAAAGAAAUCAAGUGGACCGAGUGUUUUGGGAAGCCACUUGAGUGUGACUUUCCACAUAACACUGUUUUUCCUGGUGUCACUUCCCACAAAGAUUAUUUGGAACUCCUCAAGAAGUAUCUUGCAAUUGCUCCUUAUCUCCUUCCAAAGGAUCAUAGGGAUAUCUUGAAUCAACCUACCCUUCGGCAUCCUGAUCUCACUCCAAGUAAUGUCUUUGUGUGCCCAGAUACAUUCAAUAUCACAUCAAUCAUUGAUUGGCAACAUACAGUUGUCACCCCACUACUCCUUGCUGCUGGGUACCCGAAACUAUUUGAGAAUCCUGACCCCGAGCCUGCAACCGGCUUAGUCCCACCAAAAUAUCCAGAAGGCUAUGAUACAAUGAGCCCCCAGGACAAAAGCCAAGUCGACGAGCUCAUUCGGCGGCAGAGCCUUUUUUAUCUAUAUCGUGUCUUCAACGGGGGAAUGAACAAAGUGCAUCUCAAAGCUCUACAAGAUCCUUUGAUUCUGUCACGUCAGCAUCUGGUAGAUUUUGCGGGCCGUCAAUGGUCAGGCAAUAUGGUGACAUUGCGGGGAGGUUUGAUGCGCAUGCGUGAAAUUUGGCGUCAUGUUCCGGGAAAGGACGAAAAUACUGAGUGUCCUAUUCAAUUUUCGGAGCAGGAAGUCAGAGAGCACAAUGAGACUGAGCCAAUGUGGUAUAACUUGAACAUUCUCGUCAAUCACUGGCGCGAUGAACUAGGGGGACUCUCAGAAGAAGGGUGGGUCCAGACUGAGCGGUACGAGUAUGCGGUAAAACGAAAUGAGUCCCUCAGAGCCGAGUUCUCUGAAGGUGGUAAUGCUGACGAGCUUGAGAAAUUCAAGCGGGGUUGGCCUUUUCGAGAUCAUGAGGAGUUCUUUUAA